AUGGAUUAUGAUGAACGCAAUGAUAAUGUGCCUAACGAUGAAAAUAAUAAUGAAGAAAAUUUUCAAAUUAAAUCUGCUAAAAAUGAAACUGGAAACGAUUUCGUGCUAGUUAACGGACGGAUUGAUUAUCAGUAUCGAUCAGAUAUUCUGAAGAAUUUAUGCUUAUACGAUUUUGUUACUGAUAGCUCUAUAGGAAGAGAAGAGCAGAAUAACCGCAGAAGUCGACCACCUAAUCAACGAUUUUCUUUUCAAAAACAACAUUCUCAAGCAACAACCUACCUAAUGAUAAAACAAACGAAAUAUCGUGUACGAAUCCUCUAUGGUCCUCAAAUACCUCGGUGGGGUCGUGAAGACACCCUAGAAAGAUAUUGUCGAGCUAUUCUUACACUUUUUGUGCCUUGGCGAACUGUAUCUGAUCUUUGUGAUGUGAACCAGAAAUGGGAAGAUGCACUUAACUCUCGUCAGCAUCAUAUAUCUGCGCACUCGCGCAAUAUCAUCGAUAAUAUUCAAAUUUUACAUGAAUGUAAGAAAGAUAGAGAUGAACACUUAGUGAAAGUGAUUACAGAAGCUCAAGUUGAGAACGACACAAUCGAGCCCGAACUGUUUCCGAAAAAUCAAAGCUCAUACGAUGAAUACGAUGAUACAAGUGAUAGCGAAGAUUUACUUGAAUUGCUCGGUAAUUUAAACGAUUCUACUACAGUUGCAAUGAACAGCAUGAAGAAAUCAACAGAAAAUGUGUAUAUAGAGGAAACUAUAGAAGCUGUAGAACAAA